CCUACCUUCGAGAGAGCGCGAGCGAGUCGCCAGGAGCCGGGCAACCUAUACGAGAGAGGAUCAGGCUCCCCGCCCAUCGGUACGGCGCCCCCCCGGCACAGCCGAGCAGCGGCAGCUUCGCCUCGCGCUACUCCCGCUUUUGAGAUUGCUCACUCACUCUUACUGCGCGCGCGAGCGGUGUAUACCGGCGCUCUGCUCUUCGCGACGUCAACCGACCACUUACACUCGCUGGCCAGCCGCGCGCGGCCGCAGACACGCACGCGCGCUUUUCUUCGCUCAUAUACUCGCUCGAAAACAAAGUACACACAUACACACAGUUCGCCGAGGAUGCUGCUCAGCCGGACGUUCUCGCCUGCGACGUGCGACAUCGUACAAGCUAGUGCUCAGUGUUGACAGGCCCCUCUCUUUAUACGCUCUUGAUACACCCUAUCCUAUCAAAUUCUCCUCGUAAAUUCUGUUUGGUGUUGGAAGAGACCGCGUAGCGACUGUUCGUUCGGAAUUUUUUUCGGUGCUGCUGCUGCUACGAGAAGAAGAAGGUGACUAUAUAAGUGCGCAAGAAGCCAGAGAGAAAGAGCAGGAGAUACACAGACACUGCAGCUGGGGAGGAGCGAGAGCAGACGCGAGAGAAGGCGCGUCUAACAAGCACGUCCUGAGCGCUCUCACGGAAUAUCGCACAGUUCCCACGAGAUCUUCACCUUCGCCUGAGCCGACUCGUGGAAUGACAGAGAAGCAGCUCGGCGCUUCCACGGUUGCGCAGGAGCGCAGCGGCCUCUGCGGCUGAUCGUCCCGCGGCUUGUGCGGCCGCACGUGUGUGAUGAACGAGUACCUCGGCCCGAGCAGACUGUCCCCAGCGAGCAAGUACCCACCAGCCAUGCGCGAGAAGGACUCGAGCCCGCGCAAGAUGCCCGGCCACAUCAGCCCGAAGCAGGCCAGCAUCUACCCGCUGAGCGCGCGCCAGGCCAGCCAGCCCGAGCCGGAGCUCCCGGAGCUGCCCUACGACCUGAGCGGCCAGGCGCGCGGCUCCCGCUCGGCGGCCGAGCUCCACUCCUCGGCCUCCUCCCAGCACCAGCAGCCCCACAUGAGCCCGGCCUCGCGGCCCCAGCAGAGCCGGAGCGCCUGCCGCAUCGACCUGGACAGCUGCGAGCCCCUCGACCUGCGCCUCGAGCACAAGAAGGAGAGCCUGCGCGACGAGAACCAGAACGAGAUCGAGGCCCUCAACCAGAACGAGCGCCUGCCCUACCACACGGUCCUCUUCCCCCAGCACCACGUCCACCCGAUCGUCCUCGAAGCCAUGUACCGCACGCAGCAUCAGGUCGCGCCCGGUCCGGAGCUGCCCAAGAUCCAGGUUAGGGCGCUGCCCACCAUGGUGCCGCUGCCCAGCAGUCGGUUCGCCCCAGCCUCGCCCGCCGCCUCCUCGGCCUCGCAGUCCACGCGGGCCGCGAGCCCCGCCGCGCAGGCCACCCAACCUGGCAGCCCCGAGUCGAGCGCGAGUCAGCAGCAGCAGCAGCAGACGAGCGGCCAGCAGAGCUCGAGCCUGCCGGCCUACUCGAUAGCGGUGGCCGCGGCCUCGACGGGCCUCAAGCCCAAGGACCGCUACUCCUGCAAGUUCUGCGGCAAGGUAUUCCCCAGGUCGGCCAACCUGACGCGGCACCUGCGCACCCACACGGGCGAGCAGCCCUACAAGUGCAAGUACUGCGAGCGCAGCUUCAGCAUCUCGAGCAAUCUGCAGCGCCACGUGCGCAACAUCCACAACAAGGAGAAGCCGUUCAAGUGCCCGCUCUGCGAGCGCUGCUUCGGCCAGCAGACGAACCUGGACAGGCACCUGAAGAAGCACGACGCCGACGGCCCGACGAUACUCGACGAGGUGCGCUCGAGGUAUCACGGCCAGCUACCGCGCGCUGCCGAGGAGUCCUACUUCGAGGAGAUCCGCAGCUUCAUGGGCAAGAUAACCUCGCGGGCCGGCCAGGGGGCGCUGCAGUACUUCCCGGGCCUGCUGGGCGCCAGCGCCGAAGAGCGGGCUGCCUGGAGCGAGAAGCAACAGCUGCAGCUCGAGGAGAAACGCCAGCAGGCGAACAACGUCGCCGGUCAAGGCGACUCGUCCUACUUCAGCGACCGAGACAACCUGAGCUCGAGGUCGAGCAGCAGCGAGGUUGCCAGCCAGCCCGAGAGCCCGCACGAGGACCAGCAGAAGGACGCGGCGUCGGCGGCGUCGGCGGCGUCGCCGCCCCUCUCGCCCGGCAACAAUACCUGAGACGACUCCACGGAUGAACGCAUGUACCUCUCUCCAAAGGACCGAACAUCCUGCAAUCAUCGAGCAAGCCGAGCAAGCCGCGAGACCACGCAGUGAGCGUCGCCGAUACUUUCGCGGUGCGGCCGGUCGUUUCGGAAAUUAGGGAUUUAUUACGCGUCGACGCGGGAGAGAACUGAUCGCUCUCCCAUCGGCGAGUGCGCGUGGAAGGCAGCGGCCCGCCCGCGACUGCAUCUUGAUAACCGUUAGCGUACAUUCAAUGUAAAUGAGCGGGCCGGCCAUUCGUCUCGACUGCCAAAAAUCGGUAGGGUGUAGGCUGGAUAGGAAAGGGGAGACUGUUUGUAAUAUACGAACGCGGGUGUCGAGCGAGAGGCCCUUUACAAAUUGCGCUCGCGCUGAUUUACGAUCUCGGCGAAAGAAAAGAGACUGACUCUGCUUGAUUUUGCUUGUUCGGCUUUGCACGCCUAUACUCUUCUUUCUCGCGCUUCCCCGAACUCUUGCCGAUUGUGCACUCGAUCCUCUGGCGUAACAGCGAUCCGCGGCGCGGGCUGCGUCUUUUUUUCGCGAGAUUGAUCGGGGAAAGCUGGCCUCUGCGCUGUCGAAAAAGACGACGGGAGAGAAAGAGCGCGCGGUGCGGAGGUGGCGACAAAAACGAGAACCGAUAUCGGCCGCGAUUCGUUGCGGGCUGCGGCGGAAUUUUACGACCUAGAAAGUGAAUUUAAGUUACGUCGACCCAGUAAAGCUAGGACGACGACGUUGCCGGCCGGCGGGGACAAUAGACGAGCGAGGCUGAAAAUCGUUAGAAAUCGGCAGCCGAUCUCUCGUGACGAUAUGGCUAUCCCCUGGCGGCCGCGCCGAUAAGAAGCGAGAGUCCAAUAAACCGCGCGCACGGCGCAAGAGCAUAACGAUCGUCGGUGAAUUUUUGCGGAAAGGAAGCGCGCGCCGCCGCAUCGGCGAGAAGAAACCGAUUUCCCGGAAACCACGGCUCGCGCGCGCCCAUCGGCCAACGGGACUGUACCCAACUGCGCCGUGAAACACGACGAGAGAGGAGCGCAUUACGGCUCAUAUAGCUAUGUAUCUUGGAGCGCGAUCGGCAAUUUAAUAUAUAAAAGUGUGUAGACGCUGUGUGAUUCGGCCGCGCGGCUGCCGAUCGAAGCACAUCGGAAUCGGAAUCGAUCUUACUUUCUAACUCCGCAUGGGAGCUCUCGUCUCUCGUCUCGUCUCGCGCGCGCAAGUCGAGUGGAAAGUCCAGUUACGCGUGUGCACUCGCGUAGACGAGGUGAAAAUGAAGCUCUUAGAGAUCCUCGGUUAUAAUCCUGCGCGUUCGCGGCUCCUAUUUCUCCUCGGCAUCGGUGGAGAGACAGCGGUGACCUCGCGGUCCUGUUGCGUUACACUUUUGCGCUCGCGCUCUCUGGCCACGCCCCGGGCUCGAUCGGGCGCAUCGCGAAAGUGAAACGCAAUAAAGAAGCGGCAGCCGCGGCUCGGGAAGCUGCGCUCGCGCGCGAUCGAUAGCCGCUGCCUUCAAUUAUCCUCCUUUCUCUCUCUCUCUCUCUCUCUCCCUUGCUCUUUUACGCUUCUUUUUUUUCGUUUAUUCUUUCUUCUUUUUAGCCUCUCUCUCUCUCUCUCUCUCUCCCCGGAAUCGCGACUUUUUCAUCCUUUCUCCGUGUACUUCUUCUUCUUUUUCCGAUCGGGCGCGGGGCGCUCAAUUAGCUUAAUACAUUUCGAAAGUGCUCUGCGACCGCAGUGUUUUUUCCGUCCUUUUCCGCAUCGGAUCGCGCGCGAGAUCCUCAUUAAGGAAUCGACGAGGGCCGAUUAAAAUGAUUUACGCGCGCCACCUCGUUUGUCAUUUUCGAGCUUUCAGCUCUCAUAACACACACACACACUCGCUCUUCCCUUUUCAUUCUCUUUUCUUCUUCACCUCUCUCGGCCUUCCCUUGUGUACGACUGCAGUCUCUCUUCUUGUGUGUAUAGAAAGGCCCAGUGCGCGGCGCGCGAUUUUUAUCGAAAACGAAGGUGUCGUCGCGCGAUAUUUCGCGAGCGAGCCAUUUAUUUCAAAGGUACGUAAUGCUUAUGCACCGACUGUCUUCUCGCCGUUGUGUGUACUGUUAUACGACGCGGGUAGAUGCGGCCCGAUAAUUUCCGACUGUAAUUUACGGGCGUGUGUAAUUUUUUCCCUUUAUAAACGUCGCGGCAGUCGGCUCAAAACAAGAGCGCGGGGCUUUCGAAACCGCGACGGUUUCGUCUCAUUAUUCUGGCGUAUAGUGUUUCUCAAAUCUACUCCAUUCGCCUCACUUCUAUACUUUAUCCAAAAUAAUCAAGCUAACCGACCAAAAAGAAAAUCCGCAACCAAAAAAUAAUAAAAAGCCAUCAACAACGUCGCAAUCGCUCGGAGAUCCGCUCACGUGUAGUAUACGGCGCGCAUAAGCAACUCCCAUAGAACUGCAUCAGCUCAUACACGUAUACGUGAGAAGAAGCCAGCAGCAGCAGCAGCUUCUCCUGCUACGCCCCGAUCUCGCACUCACACACGUGCACGGCGCAUACACACUCGCACACAGCAUCGGCGCGAGGUUCCCUUCGCCGUCGCCCUCCUCGCGAAAGUGGAACGCCAUAAAGGAGCUGCUGCUGCUGCUGCUGCUGCUGCGCUGCGCCAGAUGAGCCGAGCAAGAGCGAGAGAGAGAGAGAGAGAGAGGAGAUCUCUUGCCGAUUACGCUCACGUGCCUGAAAUCGUUUCUUUUUCUCCCACGCGUCCACGCCUCGCGUCGCAGCGCCGGCGGAUCCUUUCGAAAGGGGAUUACGCGAAUCGCGCGAGCGAUUAUGAUCGAGUUAGCGCAACCACUGCGUCCGAAGAGCCCAUCAGCGCGCGGGCCUAAUUGAGAAUCGCCGCUACCGUUUUUCCCCCUCUCGCCCGAAAAAGAAGAGUAUAUAUAACGUGCUCCUAUAUACUGGAGCGUGAGAUAUUGUGUACAAGCUUAUUGUAUGUACGUACGCUGGAAUGAUGUCACCCGUCGCGUGCGAACGCCUAAUUACGCCUCUUUUCUCCAUCCAUUAGGGAGGCAUUAGUAAUUUUAAGCGAUGAUAAAUCUGUCCCGCUUAUCUUUCUCUUAUCCUCGGAUCUCCGAGUAUUCUCUUAAUUUAUCGCGGGCCGUUUGUUUGAAACUGAAAAAAAAUCGUAAAUCUCGUGUUUAUACGUAUGCGCCUACGUUACGUAAGCGCGAGCGCGGCUGGAAAUUAAUAAUCGAGUGGCAUCGUUCCAACAAAGCGGUGGUCAUCAUCAGAUAAAGAUUGAAGUAUACCAUCACGUCGGCGAUUAUAAUUGAGUAAUUCGUUUUUUUUUGUCGUCAAGCCGUGUUCGAUAAAAAUUUCGCUCACGACUCGCUCCCGCCUCGUGUAUUAUGACGCGCGUUCGCUUGCAAAACGUUAGAAGAUCUCAAAAAGUCGUAUUGCGACACACGCAGGGAGAUGUAUAGAUCAGAGAAUUCUUAGACUCGAAUCGCGAUACGGCUGCUAGUGCCGCCGACGACGACAACGACGACGACGUCCUUAUCGCGAUUGGAGAGGAGAAAUUCGCGAGAGGACAGAAUCUCAGCGCGGGCUUUGAAUUUAAUACUUUUUGUCUGUUAUAGUGUUGUCGAGUCUACUAGUGUAAAUAAACGUUAUGGGGAGUGAAAAAGUUUAUUAUAUAUAAAUAUACAUAAUAUAUAUAUUUUACGUUAUUGCUGUACUUUGAGAUCGAGGAAUAUAAAAGGCGCGAAAUUCUCCUCUCCGGACAGGACGCACGCGGGCUAAUAUUGUAUAUGCGACAAUGUAGUGAUGAAAAUGCAACAAACUGAUGUAGAAGAAGAGAAUGAAACUGUUGUACAGGUCUCUGUAAAUAUUUAUAGAAGAUGUGAAAAAAAAAAAAAUAAGCGACGAUCUAACGCACGCUAUAGCAUAAUAUAUACUUAUAAAUAUAUAGAAUAUACGUACGCAUACAAUAUAUGAUGCGACCACGAAGAGAAGAAAGAUAUCAUUGUAUUCUUUUAUUUAAUAACCAGAGAAAAGAUUUAUGAGAGUCGGAUACAAGGUAUAUAUAAUAACAUAUACACACCCAAUACGGUGUAGGUAUAUGAAAAAAGAAAAGCGCGUCGACGCGCCUAUAUUGUUGUAUCACGUUGGCAGAGAGAAAAAAAGAAGCGCGGCGAAAUUGUCAUUCACGUCAAAGGGCCUUCGAUCGGAUAAGAUUUGAUUCUCGAGCAUGUAAACACAAUAUAAUUCCCAAAGAAGACCCCCACGUCGUCGCGCGCAUAAUACAAAUAUGUUAUAGUUAUACAUGUAUAGUCUCCGCGCGCAUACACCUACUUUUCUGUACAAGACUAUAUUAUAUAAGACACUCGUCGUCGGUGCGCGCAGAUACCGAUCUCCGAUGCAGGUUUCGCGAAGAGCAGAAAAAGGGAGCAUUCAUCAUUCGGCUAUACAGGUGCGCUGUGCUAUACCGCUCCUGCUUCCUUUCUACAACGGCGCGGAUAAGUGAUGGACCGAGCAGUCUACGCUAUAUACUUCGCGUACAAUGUAUAUACAUAUAGAACGUCGCGUAAAAAGGGCGUUAUCUCUUUCUCCGAGUGCCUUUCUUCCUGUCGACCGAUCGCUCCUCGUCCUAAUUAAUACGCGUCGAGAUGAAAAUGUCGUUCCUUACUCUCUAUAUCUCUCACUGUCUAUUAUGUCAUCGAAGACGCGCGCGUCUAGCUACUUCCUCCUAUUUACCGUACACAUAUAUCGCUACUCUAUAUAGUUUUUUCUUCCGUUUACUGUCUCUCUCUCUCUCUCUCUCUCUCACUCUACUUCCUCUAGACUAACACUCGUAUCCCGAUGUAUCUCUGCAUGCACUCACGUUCUUCAGCCCGUCACGCACGCACGACCGAGUUCCGCACGCGGGAGGGACGAUCCCACCGACGAUUUUUACUUCCUUGUGCGAAGAAAAAAGUGAAGCGAGUAAAAAACCGAAUGUCCAUAUAGUUACCUACAGCAGCGCAAGUCGAAAUUCCGUGUACGCAAGCUCCUCCGGUGGAUCUCGGCGCGCGCGAAGCUCCUCUACUCCCCUAUUCUCAUUUGCCCCUUGUAUUGUUUUCGUUCAUUGUGUAAGCCUAAAAUCUAGUGCGAAUGUGAUUUCAUCGAGGUUACCGAUAUAUACGUACCUAACGUGUUACUCGAGCGGCGCCGUGAGCCGAGCGACAAAUAAGCCGAGCGCUCGUUACCUUUAGUUUGUACAAUCUUAAUUAUACGAGAUGAAGAGCUAGUUGUUAGGGUCAACAGUUUUAAGCUCGUACUGACGUGCAUCCUCCUUUAUAUCCCAAGCCUUCUUCCCUAUGAUUCCGAUUAUUGCCUCCUCGACCUACCCCCAUACAUCAUGUUGUACAGAAAGUGUCAUACAUAUGAAUAUAAUAUAUUUUUUGCGAGCACGAAAGACGAGCCUUGCGAGAUGCGUUCUGCGAUCGGCGAACGGCUGAACCGCGGACUUAUGUAUAAAUUUGAUCUGUUUUCUGAUUUGCCGUCCUUCCGAUCGCCGAUCGGCCGCAUCAUUUGUCUUAACGUUUAAUCAUAGCGUAUAGUCGCGUGUUGUGUAGCAAAUAUGUAUAGUGGUGACUGUAUAUAUGUCGAUAUGUAAUAUUCGAUGAAAAUACACUAAAAACGAUACGUU